ACGAUCGCGGUGAAAUAUCAUCAUGCGCGAUAAGCUGCUGCUAGUGGUUGGUGCGUGCUGUGCGCUGGCCUAUCUUCAGGUGGCCAGGACGGAGCUGAGUGAUUAUGAAAUCGAUUACGAUGAGGAGGGCUUUUGGAUUGGCCACGGGCUAGGCAACCGCAAGGAAGGUGACGAAAUCCUGAAGGUGCUGCACAAAUCGGUGGGCCCGUUCGUGGAGCCGCAAAACGUUACCGUCGUGGAGAAGUUCACUGCAGCGGACGGUGAAAGUAUUACGUUCACACAAUUCAACUCAUCUAAGGUGCUCACAUACUUCCACGAGGUGGUCCUGGACUUCAAUCCCAAAAAUUUCUACAUCCGGCUGAAGGUGUUCAACAUUACCAGCUUACGGUUGCAGCGAACAGUGUACGGAUUUCGAUCGAACGCAAUCAAACCGGAUGUGAGCUAGAAACGCGUCGCCGUCGCCUGUACGCCA